UCUCCCUCUUCCCACGCACGUACGCGCUCGCGCACCGGCCGCACCCGCACGCGCCAUGUCGUGGCUCGCGCGCUCCAUCGCGGCCACCCUCUCCUCGCCGCGCGGCGAGCCCAACUCCGACGCCGACGAGUCCGAGUCCGAGCCCACCUCAGCCGAGAGGGGAGCGGGGCCGGAGGAUGACUCCUCGCCGCGCGACCCGAACCCCGACGCCGAGGAGCCCGAGCAGCCCAACACCCCGAGCCGCGGCGUCAAGGACGACAUUUCCGAGCUCACCGAGACCCUCACCCGCCGCCUCUGGGGCGUCGCCUCCUUCCUCGCACCGCCUCCUACGCCGCCGGACUCCUCGACCCCGCGCGCCGCGGCUACGGCGGAGGCGAAGGAGGAGAAUGGGGAUGGGGAGGAGGCCCCGCAGUCCUGUUACUGGGAAAGAGAGGCUAUUGGAGUGUAUAAUGGUGACCUGAGGCUUUAUCUUGCCUUUUUUAAAUGCAAUUAUGGUAUGCUACAGACCUCAGUGAUUUCCGUUCUUGUAUCUUACAUAGUUUUUCUUGUCUUUGUAGAUUUUGAACUGUCGGAAGCUCAAUAUAUUCAUGCAUUAGCCGUAGAGCACCUUGUGCCGAGCUUAUCAGAUUUAAAGGCUCAGAUUUGCUCUACUGAUAUGAGUGAAUCUUGCUUCUGGAAGAUCUAUUUUGUUCUUCUGCACUCAAAACUCAGCAAGCAAGAUGCUGAACUUGUUUCAACACCACAGAUCCUAGAAGCAAGGGAGGAACUGUUGCAAAGUUUACAGGCUCAGAAUAAGCAGGGAUCCAAGGUUCCUGGUGAAUCAUCAGAGAAUGCGAAUGAGUCCUCUCCUGCUGAAGAGAAAGUGAUACAACCUUCAAGCAUCCAAGAUGAAGCUGGCACAUCAGAGGUUUCACCGUUCAAAGAACACACUUCUGAUAUCACACCAGAAAUUGAGUCUGAAAAGUUCCCAAUCGCCACCACUGAGGUGGAAAUAGUUGACAAGUCAGUGAUUGAAGAAGAGCUGGCAGUGAGAAACGAAAGCAAGGCUUCACCCGUUGAGUCCAAGAUUCAUUUUGAGACUGACGAAGAUGAAGUUGACGAAUGGCCUGAUGACCAUCCUGCUGAGGAGGUUGGCCAAGCAAGCAACGGAACUUCACUAGGGCGGGAGGAAGAUGUGUCGUUCAGUGAUCUGGAGGACGACGAUGACAAUAAAAGGGUUGGGCAACAGGGCAAGCAGCCAAGUAGCUAGGCAAGCUCAAAGUCUGGUCCCCGGUGCACAAUCAUCUCGAUCCGAUACUCCCGCAACCACAUGCUGGCUUCAUUUCAGUAGGGCCGAAAUCACAGCCGUGGAUCAUUACUUUGUUAUUAUUAGACUCCAGAAGUAAUGAAUCCAAGAACUGGAUCGGUCUCGGAUAUAUCUUGGAAGUGGAAUCGUAAUGAUAAGCAUGUCUCUGCAGCUCGUGUUAGUGUUGAUGGCAAGUACUACAUCUGUAUUAUUGACCUCGUCAUGUACAUAGAGCACUUUGUGUGUUCUGUAUAACCUACCACUCUGUCGAUCUGAAAUUUAAUUGAAUGUUCGUAUUUGAGAUCCGAA